AUGAAAGGCUUAUAUGUGCCAUACUUAGCUGAGAAUGCAAUUAUCAUUGCUGGACAUGCUGUCCCCUUUCAUCUCUGUAAUCCUGCUUGGAAGCUGUCCCCUUUCAUCUCUGUAAUCCUGCUUGAAGGAAUGCUGUUUGAUAUCUAUGGCUGUGAAAGUAGAGGCCACAAAGGGGGGAAGUCCUCUAAGCCAGAAGCAGCCAAGUCCUCACAGACGAAGGCUGAAAGCCCGAAGGCUGAUUCUGUGAAGGUGGAAUCUACUAAAGGAAAGACUUCCAAGGUAGAGGCAUCCAAGUCAGACCAAGCUAAAGCUGAAAGCCCAAAAGUUGAGUCUGGUAAGUCAAAGGCUGCCAAGGCAGAGGCUGCCAAGACUGAAACUGCUAAGACUGAAGCUGCCAAGGCUGAACCAGCCAAAGGAAAGGCAGCAAAGACUGAUGUAGGAAAAGCUGAAGCAGCAAAGAUUACCAAGGCCAAGGAAACCAAGACAGAGGCAGCCAAGACAGAGGCUGCAAAGACCAAGGCCGCUCCAGAAUCCACCCCUCCUCCUCAGGGAAAGGAAAACAAGAAGGAAAAAGUUGUAACACCUGUAAACCCGCCCUAAGGUUGAAGACAAUUUUGAGGUUGUAGAUGGAAGUUUGAACUCGACAGGAAAGGCUACACCAACUCAAGAAAAGAAGAAGAAAAAAGAGAAACAGAAGACUGAUAUGCCUGCUCCAAAAGAAAGCAGAAUUCUACCCCUUGUGCAAGAUGCUCACCUGAGCAGUGGAGAGAUUCAAACUUUGAUUGACAUUCUGCUGAACAAGCAGCAGCAGAACAAUGCUGGUGGUGAAUGGGUUGAGAAGGGACGUGUCGAUCCCACAACUCAGCUUCGACGACAGUUGGAGGAAGUGGAAACCCGCUUGAGGGAGAAGGAUGAAGCUCACUCUGCACUGUCAGCCAAGAUU